GCACUUUAAAAAAAAAACAUUUCUGAGGAAAAAGUGAAGAUUGUGAGCUGUAAAAAGCUAUCGUUGAGAUUUUUAUUUAACAAACAAAAAAAUAACAACAACUAAUUAGCCGAUAGGAGGCGACAUUUCCAGCCGCAGAUAAAACCGCAUUGGCCGCGCGUGUGUCUCUGCUUCGUAAAAAAAAAACACGACCCGUCUUUUACGCCAAAGGUUAUCAUCUAUAUAUAUUUUUUAAAAAAAUAUAUCGUUAAAGUAGUAGAUAGUCGUGGGCGAGGCGAGCGAUUCGUCCGUUCAGUGUUUGCGUUGUUAAAAUAUCGCGAUUUGUUUUUAGACGUUUUAAAUUGGCGCGGUGGGAAUUGUGCAAGGCCUCUGUUGUGGAUGUCCGCAGGCCCGAGUUUUUGGGACGCUUCGCCUGCUUAUUCACUUUAUAAAGAUCGAUAAUAAAAAAAAACAAAGAGCCGCAGCGGAUAGGGUUUAACAUGAACAGUUAUAUAGUUUUAAAGUUUAAUAGUUAAUUUUGGUGAGGGAGUUUUUUUUUGUUUUUUCCCCUCACAACGCGCAGCCAUGGACGAGGCAAAGAGCGGCCGAGUUGAAGGUUGAACCCCUCGACCCCCUUUGGCCCAAGCCGCCCACCCCCCCGGCCGCCUCCCCCCAGACAAUCGUCGCUGUCGGUGACGGCCAGGAUGAGCGAGGCUGCAAUGGCCGAAUCAUCCGGGGCUUGGAAGUCGGCCUCCGGCAAGGCCGACAAUAGCGGCGGUGGAAGUUGCUUGCGGUGGAACUACAACAAGGGACGCCACGAAGGCCCCAAGGCCGGCAAGCGGUGGUCGGCGCAGCGCAAGGCCGCGGCCGCUGCGGCCGACGACGCGGCGGCGGCGGCGGCGGCGGCGGCGGUGACGGCGACCACCGUGGCUGCGGCGGCGACGGCGGCCGGACUGCCGGGGACGCGCGGAGAAUCUCCCGUGGCCAGCGCCCUGCUGGUGGAAACGGAGAGCGUGAAGACCGAGUGGGAAUGCGUGUACUCCAAUCCCGAGGAUCUGGACGUCCGCCGGUCGCACCGACACCGCAAAGUCAAACUUCCGGUGGACCUCGGAGUCCUCCAGAAAGCCGCCCGGCCAUCGGAAGUGAAAACUCAACGAAGCCUACGAAUGUUGAACUUCGUCCGCAGCCGUCAGCGGAAGAAGAGGGAGUCGAAGAAGAUGAAGGAGAACAUUAAAAUCACGCUGAAGAUGAACAAGCCAGGGGGAAACGACGCCACGGACGCUCACGUCCUGACCAAGCACCCGGGCAGCCUCAAGCCGUACGUCUGCCAGGAGUGCGGCAAGGAGUUCCGCCAGUCCACCGACCUGUUCCGCCACCAGACGCUGCACACGGGCGAGCGGCCCCUCAAGUGCGGGGCGUGCGGCAAGGCCUUCGCCCUGCAGGCCGACCUCAACCGGCACGCCAUCAUCCACACGGAGCAGCGGCCCUACGCCUGCCAGGAGUGCGGCAAGGCGUUCCGCUGGUCCCAGAGCCUGGUGCACCACCGGCGCUCGCACAGCGACGUGCGCGAGUUCCGCUGUGACGCCUGCGGCAAGGACUUCAAGCAUCGGCGCACCCUCGUGCAGCACUGCAAGACCAACUGCGCCGGCGCCAUCGCCGCCGACGCCGACGACGCCGACGACGCCGACGCCGAUGCCGACGGCGCCGAUGACGACGGCCAGCAGCUGCAGCAGCGGCAGGAGCAGCAGCGGCAACAGCAAGGCGGGAGUGGUGUGCACCAGGCCCUGGAUGAGGAGGAAGAUGAAGAGGAGGAAGAUGAAGAGGAGGAAGAUGAAGAGGAGGAGGAGGAGCGAUCCCAGGACAGCGUCCGAACGAAUCUGCAGCUGCAGCAGCAGCAGCAGACCCCAUCAGACGACUUCCAGAUCAUCUCCUCCGAGCCUCCAAAGAGAAAAGGCAUCGCGGUCCACCGCUCCCAGCCGCGCGGCCCCACGUCCGCCCUCAAGAAGUUCCUGUGCCAGGACUGCGGCAAGGGCUUCCGGCAGGCGACGGACCUGGUGCGCCACCGCAGCCUGCACACGGGCGAGCGCAACGCGCUGUGCGGCGUCUGCGGCAAGGGCUUCGCGCUCGCCAGCGACCUGGCGCGCCACGGACGCACGCACGACCCCUCCGGCGAGCGCUACCCCUGCUCGCAGUGCGGCAAGCUCUUCGGCUGCCGCCGCUCGGCGCUGCUCCACGAGUCGGCGCACUCGCGGCCGCCGGGGCCGCGGAGCCGGAGAGGCGGCGGAGGCGGCGGAGGCGGUGGAGGGAGGCGGCGGCAGCUGCAAGAGGAGGAGGGCAAACGACGUUUGGCGAGGGCCGCCAAGCGCGACGCCGCCACCAACUCGGCCGUCGCCGCCGCGACCGCCGCUUUGCGCCUGCAGCCCGCGUAGCGGUAGCCCCCCCCCCGCCCCCGCCUCCUCAUCCUCAUCCUCCCAUUCCGAGGUGGAGGAGGGCAGCGACGACGGCUCCCGACUCGGCCUGCGGCCUGCGUAGUCGGGCCCACGGGCCCACCCGCCCACCCGCCCGGUCGGUCGUGCCGUGGACGCCCGGGGCGUCCUCCAAGGGGAGGCGGAGGGCUGACGGCGGUUGGCGAGGGGCCGGCAAGCGCCACGGCUCCACGGUCGCCUGGGCCGUCACCGCCGCUUUGCGCCCGAGGCCUGCGUGGGAGGCCCCCGGUCGGUCGUGGACGCUCGGGGCCUGCAGGAGGAGGAGGAGGAUGGCGGCAGGCGACGUCUCGGCUGCUCGCCGCGGCCAACUCGGCCCGCAGCUUGCGUGGGAGGCCCCCGGUCGGUCGUGCCGUGGAUGGGUUUGACGGUCGGGGGGGGCCUACGGAUUUCAGCGCGGUCGGCGCGGAAGAAGUUGGACGUACGGGGGGGGCCUAGCAAAGGCUGGCGGGGUUGCCCUCGUAAAGAUUCUCCGUGGAGACCCGGACGGGCUGCCUGGCGCCGCGAGGGACGAACUUUUCCCUGCCUUGGUGGCCCCUCGGCAACCCGUUGGGUCUACGCAAGGCCGCCCGCCGCCCCGCCUUCUCGUUUUUAAGGUUGUGUUGGGCCUAGGUUGAAGGGGCCUGGGUCGGUACGGCAGGACGUCAACCGUUAAGUCGUUUCUGUUUAUGUUGGGGAGACGGGACGACGUUUAAAUUCGCGAAGCCGGCCGUUACCGUCGGCUCAACGGCGUUUGGAUUCUUGGUAAUGCGUUUCCCCGGGGGGGGGGGGGGGGUGGGGUGGUGAUUUUUUUCGUUUUAAAAAUAAAAAAUUGGAGGGAAAACAGAUGCGGCCCGCGUUCUGGAAAAAUCAUGUUACAAUAAACUAUUUGCAACCGCAGCGGACUCUCGAUCGUCCGCGCUAACGGCGGCGAGGACGGACGCGGAUUAAUCCAACAACGUUCCAUUUUCCGCGGAUGUCGGUGCCAAAAAAAAUCAAUCGCGAGUUAAGAAAAUGCCGUUGGUUAAUGAACAAAACUAAAAUUUGUAGUAAUUAAUGCAUUGAUCUUGUUCUAUUGCAUAAGUCAAUUUCGAUUCGGAGCUAAUAUUAACGAUAGACCGGUCCGUGAUGCCUGUGCUGAGUGACAAUAAAACUUUCCUGCUCCCGCC